AUGGCCACCUGCUGGCAGGGCCUGUGGGCCUAUCGCUCCUACCUGAUAGUGUUCUUUCUGCCCAUUUUCCUGCUGCCUCUGCCUAUACUUGUCCCUGAAAAGGAAGCCUACUGUGCCUAUGCCAUCAUCCUCAUAGCACUCUUCUGGUGCACUGAGGCUCUGCCCCUGGCUAUCACCGCCCUUCUCCCCGUCAUCCUGUUCCCCCUGAUGGGCAUCAUGGAUGCCUCUGAGGUCUGCAUCGAAUACCUCAAGGACACCAACAUCCUGUUCAUUGGGGGGUUGCUGGUGGCCAUCUCUGUGGAGCACUGGAACCUGCACAAACGCAUCGCCCUCCGUGUGCUCCUCAUCAUUGGAGUGCGACCUGCUAUGCUGAUCCUGGGCUUCAUGUUGGUCACGGCCUUCCUGUCCAUGUGGAUCAGCAACACAGCCACUACAGCCAUGAUGGUGCCUAUCGCACACGCUGUUCUAGAGCAGCUGCACGGUACAAAAAAGGACAUCGAGGAGGGCAAUGACAACCCUGCCUUUGAGCUCCAGGAAUCAAGUACCCAGAAGGAGGAGACCAAGCUUGAUAAGGGACAGGAUACACCUGCUUCUUCAGAGCUGAGGGCACAGAAGAACCAGGAGCAGAUCCGUUUCACCCAGGGCAUGAGCCUGUGCGUCUGCUACUCGGCCAGCAUUGGGGGCAUCGCCACACUGACUGGUACCACACCCAACCUGGUGCUGCAAGGCCAGGUGGACUCGCUCUUUCCUGAAAACUCCAAAGUGGUGAACUUUGCCUCCUGGUUCGGCUUUGCCUUCCCCACGAUGGUCAUCUUGCUGCUGCUGGCAUGGCUGUGGCUGCAGGUCCUCUUCCUGGGUUUCAACUUCCGGAAGAACUUUGGCAUUGGGGAACAGGAGCAGGAGCGGAAGCAUGCAGCCUUAAAAGUCAUCCAGACACAGCACAAGCUGCUGGGCCCCAUGAUCUUUGCAGAAAAGGUCAUUACUGUACUCUUUGUCAUCCUGGUGAUACUCUGGUUCACCCGGGAGCCAGGCUUCUUCCGUGGCUGGGGUAACCUGGCUUUUGCCAACGAGGAUGGGCAAAGCAUGGCGUCUGAUGGGACAGUGGCCAUCUUCAUCAGCAUAAUUUUGUUUAUCAUUCCCUCCGAGUUCCCCGGGCUGAUUCAGGACCCAGAAAAGCCAGGGAGGCUGAAGGCCCCUCCUGCCCUCCUCACCUGGAAGACAGUGCAUGAGAAGAUGCCCUGGAAUAUCGUGUUAUUGCUGGGUGGUGGCUUUGCCCUGGCCAAAGCCAGUGAGAAAUCAGGCCUAUCUGACUGGCUAGGGGAGAAACUGACCCCACUGCAGCAUGUGCCACCUCCUGCCACUGCCUUCAUCCUCUGCCUUCUGGUUGCGGCCUUCACUGAGUGUACGAGCAACGUGGCCACCACCACACUCUUCCUGCCCAUCCUGGCUUCCAUGGCUCAGGCAAUCUGCCUCCACCCCCUCUAUGUCAUGCUCCCCUGUACCUUGUCUGCCUCCCUGGCCUUCAUGCUUCCUGUGGCCACCCCACCCAACGCCAUUGUCUUCUCUUUUGGGGGCCUCAAAGUGUCUGAUAUGGCCCGCGCAGGAUUCCUGCUCAACAUCAUCGGGGUGUUGGUCAUUACCCUUGCCAUCAACAGCUGGGGCUUCCCGAUCUUCAGCCUGGAUACCUUCCCGUCCUGGGCCCAGUCCAACACAACCCAGUGCCCUCUCAGCUCGCCCAACUCCACUGUGCCCAGCCCCUGA